AACUUAGAAUCUCCAUAGCAACGUUGUAAAUGGACGGCCAUUUGUUUUCGAAAUGAAGCGCUCCAAAUGAUCAUCUGACAGGACAAAACUAAAUAACUAAGCGAUAAAAUGGCAACCCAAACUCAAACAUUACGAAAGCCUGGAUUUCAGCCAGCCCGGAGACACGACUAUCUGUAUGAUCCUUUACAUGUGGUAGCUAGUGAAAGAGAUCAUGCAAGAGCCACAUUUAAAUCACACACCAGCACUGACAGGGUUAAAAGAGUCCCUUUGUACCCUACUAUGUUCAGUGAACUACGACACCACCCCAGAUUUCAGAUGAGGUUGGAUGUUACGGAUCCUGUUCCCAAAUUUAUUUCAAGACAAUGGAGAGGAUAUCAGAACCAAGCAAGAGAAGCCAUGAUUAGGCAUACAACAUUUAACUUUGAUCCGUCCGUCCAAGUUCCUGCAAAAGCCUAUUCCUCAGCAGAUGUUGGAGGGGCAGAUAGAUAUAAGUUUUUUAAAAGGCCGAUUAUUCCAUUUUUACAACAAAUACCACCAGAAGUAUUACUAGCCACAGCCAGACAAGAUCCCUUGGCAGCACAAGAACAACUGCGGGUAGAGAGGGCACCUACACCGCCUACCAAAAAUAUGAUGACACAAACAGACUAUAGGGACUCUGAGGCCCAAACGGAUCCUUAUACACCAGAAUAUGUUGUCAGACCUGGGUCAGCCCCAGAAUUACUCACAUUGGCCACUCUCAGCUAUGGAAGGGGAUUACCAGCUGGAUUGGCUGAAGUAGAGAUGAUUGAGAGAGCUAGAGCUAAAAGAGCAUGGGAGUCAACUCUUCCACCACUAAGUGAUGUCUCACAGCUGGACAAAAGAAGGAAGAUGAUGGAUGAGAUGGAAAGAAAAGAAUGGACAUUGAGAGAACAAGAAAUAGAAAAACUUCAGGAAGCAAGAUUAGAAGUUUUGAAGCAACUGCUGAAAAAGAGAGAAGAAAAUCAUGCAGAACUGAACAUAAAGAGAUUAGAUAAAUUAUGGUCAAAGAAACAGAAAGAAAAGGAGGCCAAAAUAAAGAAAAUAAGAAAUGAGCACAUAAAAACCAUAAGAAAGCUGACUGGUAAAAGAGCGAAAGUGGAAGGAAAACUGGAGAGGAGAGAUGUGAUUCAGGAUUUCUCUAAUUAUGGUUCCCAAACAUAUGCACCACUUACAAGAAUAGGAAUGUUCUUAGACAGGGGAUCAGAACAAUUUGUUGUCAAGAGUAAACAUCUUAGUACAUAUCAAGGUCUUCUAGAAUUAGAAGCAUCUCUACCAGACUUUGUAACAAACCCAAGAAUUAAAGCUCCCAAACCUAGAACUGGUGUGAAAGCUGGAUUUAUCAAGAGGAAAGAUAGACAGGAAAAUGAACUAAAAGAUAUGUAUCAAACUAUUAAGUUUGAACAAACCAAAGGUGAAGAACAACCUAAACCACUGAGGUUUCUCCAGAAGAUUGAAAAACCCAUUCCUAGACCUCCUACACCAUCUGUUGAUGUACCAUCUGAGGAAGAAGAAGAAAGAGAACUUGCUACCAUAUUCCUGCAGCAAGUUAUCAGAGGACGAGCUAUCCAGAACAUGAUAUUUGAGGGUAAAGAAAAGAGAAUGGAACUAAUCAAGGAAUUACGAAGUACUCAUGCCUUACAAGAUGCUGAACAUGCCAUGAAACUACAGGAGAAACAGGCUACAUUGGCUCUACAGAGACAGAGAAGAUUACAUGAACACAAGGAAUUCUUGGUCGAUGAAGCACUUAGUCAGAUGGAGGGAGCCAGUCUUGGUGAUAUGGCUGAUUUCUUAAGUAAAGAAUUGAUUAGGCUUCAGGAAGAGAGAAGAAUACAUGCUUUCUCAAUGUUAGCAGAAAGACAAAGAAGAAUAAGGGAAGCUGAAGAAAGUGGGCGUCGCCAAGUAGAAGAGAGACGAAGGAGAGAGGAAGAUGAAAUUUUCAAACAGGUUGUAAAAGUACACCAGAACAGCGUUCAGACUUAUUUGGAGGACAUUAUCAUGGGAUCAGUAGACAACACUGCAGAUUUACAGGCCAGAUCAGAAAUCAUGGAGACAGCAGAAAAGAUCAACGAUAUCGCUUAUGAUAUAGAGGACAAGAGAACUCAAUUAGAUUCUGAAGAAAUAGUAGCUGACCUUGUACAUUGCUUCCUGAUACCAGAAGUACAAAAAACCACAAUGAGAGAAAAAGUAAAAAGAUCACAAAGAAAAUAUCUGAUAGCAGCACACAAUGAAAUCAACAAAGAUUCUGAAAAUACGAUCAGUAUGAAUGCUAAAGCACCUAAAUCUGAACAGCCAAAAUAAGAAGAAAAAUUAACAAGCUAGCUCACCUUCGUGACUAUUUUGUCUAUUCUACAAUCUAAAUGAGAAUGAAAAUUGUUGACACAAUUGAAAAAUUUACGGAAAUUAAAAUGUGAGGAGUACAUGUGCUUGUAUGAGGAAUAAGUGGAAGUAUGAGAGAGUGUAGGUGUAGUAUUUCUCUGUGAUAUGCACUGCCUGUGUAUCAUAAAUCAUGUAUCUUAUCAUGAAAAACUUAACUGUGUUUGAAAAAUACAUUCCAAAAAGUGUUACCUUUUUAUUAAUUAUUCAUGCUUAUUUUUUUGACAUAUUUGU